AUGUUAGCGUUCUACACCACAAGUAACGCUCUGUUGCUGAUCUUCACGCAGUCGUCUCCCAGCACAGAAGUCAGUGCCCCCAGUGGCCAGGCCCCGACUGACGCGCAACAAGAGGCCCGCUCCUACCUGAGCGAGGAAAUGCUGGCUGAGUUCAAAGCCGCUUUCGACAUGUUCGACACCGACGGUGGCGGUGACAUCAGCACCAAGGAGUUGGGACAAGUGAUGAGGAUGCUGGGUCAGAACCCGACAAGAGAGGAGUUGGAUGAGAUCAUCGAGGAGGUGGAUGAGGAUGGUAGCGGUACCAUCGACUUCGAGGAGUUCUUGGUCAUGAUGGUGAGGCUGCUGAAGGAGGACCAGGCCGGCAAGAGCGAGGAAGAGUUGGCAGAGUGCUUCCGUGUGUUCGACAAGAACGCCGACGGCUACAUCGACAGAGAGGAGUUCGCCCUCAUCAUCCGCAGCACCGGUGAGCCCAUCUCAGAGGAGGAGAUUGAUGAGCUGAUGAAGGAUGGAGACAAGAACGCUGACGGCAUGCUGGACUAUGAUGAAUUCCUCAAGAUGAUGGAGAAUGUGCAGUAAAACCAGAAAGACUCAUGGACAUUCCUCCUCCCCCGUCAACCCCCCACUCUGAAUACACACUAUCCUACUGACCCCACUAUACCACCGCCCCACCCUCAUACACACCCCCUGUCCACCGGGUUCACUGCCUCUCUUCUCCAUCCUCAUUGACAUCCUCAGCAGACGGCUCGGGCACCCAGCUGGGCUGCCGGUUUGGGGGGGUCGCUGGCCCAGCUUGGUUGUGAAUGCAGACGGCCUAUGGAUGCUGCGCUGAAACUGUACUUCGGGACAGGACGGCAAGGCAACA